AUGACCUCACGCGGAUCUCUCCUCGAAUCAUCCACCCCUCUAUCCCGCUCCUUCUCAGACGCUUCGACCCGCCCGCCGCUCCUUCGAAAGCGCAAAACAUGCCACACGGCCGUCGAGUGGGCGAACCAGACUAUUAAUAUCCGGGCCCACGCCGCCUCUUUAUCUGACGAACCGUUCGUUCUCGAACCCAUUGCCCUCGUCCCCCGCUCUCGAUUACCCCUUUCGUGGCUCGAACCGCCGUCUGCCCUGUCCCCUAUUCAACCGGGGUGUCUAUUCGUCGCGGACAUCCCUGUCCUAGAGGAUUCCGAUGCUCAUGCACAUGCCCCGACUCUGUCGCGAGAUCCGGCCGUGUUGGCGGUAAGGCUGAUCAGCGAUGGGGGCUUGUAUCUGGUUGAGCGUGUCAAGGCGGGGAUCUAUGCGCUGUCGAAACUAGCCAGGGAUGUGGAGGAGGGGGAUAUCUUUGUUGCGGUGAAGGGCUGGAGUCCUGCACUGGAUGCAAAUCGGGGACCUGUGUCUGUACCCAUGUCUGUGACGCAAGGCGCGGAGUGGUGGGACCUGGCGAGAAUUGAAGAUCCGGUUCUAGAGGAGGGGUUAUCGACGAAACGCGUGAAGGUUGAUGUCUCGGUUGUGUUUGGCGGGGUGGUUCAUCAUGAUGUCGAUGCGAACAUGAAGGAUGGUUCGCCGUUCGAAAGCCGGGCGCAGUCGUUGGCGCCGAAGAUACCUGUUGAGAGGAGUUCAAGCUCCGAGGCAGCUAUGGCAGUGCAGAUGCUGGGGUCUAUUGAUGCGGUGUCGGCGGGUGUGGAUGGUGGGUCGCUGGAGGAGAACAGGCCCGAUGCGUCACUGUCGCCGCAGGAGCUGCUGGAUAAUUUGAGGGAGCAGUACCUGCAGGCUCUCUAUGUGUCUAAGACCUCUGUGGCGUAUUUCGCCAAGGGCCCUUUGACUCGAUGUCGCGUUGGGUUUCAGUCGCCUGAAUCGGAGUCAGCGAAACCUGCUGACCUGAUUAACUUCUAUCAGGAGGCUAUUUUGACGGCCAAGAAGAUGGAUCUGAAGUACAGAGAGACGCUACCGGCUACCAUACAGGAUGCUAUGCUGGCUAUCUCCGACGAGGAACCGGGUCGCAAGAAGAAGAAGUCCAAGAGCCAAAAGAAGAAGAUGGGGAAGAAUGGUCUCUACCCUGGAGAAGAUCAAUUCGUCCGACGAUGGUGGAGAGACUGCGUCAUGGCCGAUAUAGGCGCGACGAUUGAGCUGUCGCGCGAGGCAGAAGUGAAGAAGAACGUGGCCGAUUUACGAAUGCGCGAGACUCAACUACAGAUUCUUCUUAUCUUGGAGACGUUGGCUCUCGAAGCUGCCGCUGCUGUGGCUGCCGCCGAAGAAGCAAAGAAGUCGGACGAAACCGGCGGCGAACCGUCGGAUAAAUCACCGAAGAAGAAGACCAAGAAGUUACAAGAGUUGAAAGUCAUGCUGGAGCUGCAUCUCGACCGCCUGUGUAUCUGGCAUGCCGUCAACUUUGAGGAUACCGCCGUCUCCGAAACGGCCAAGGCAAGCAGCGCUCCUGGAAAGAAGGUCGAGAGCGAUGCGGUUCGUGAUUUCUGUACGGAGGUGAUCAUCCCCUUCUACGCUGCUCGUCUACCGGAUAAAUGCAAGGCCAUCACGCGUAAGCUGGGUGUUUCUGGUGCCAUGCCUUCAUCGUCUUCUUCGAAGCAGUCUCAAGCCAAGAAGACUCCUCAGGACCCGGAACCUGGGGCGGCCGUCGAGCGAAAGCCGCCACAGAAACAUGCUCGUCGCUCGUUCCAGCGAGUGCUGACCGACAGUCAAACCACGUUACAAGCACAGCACCCGUCACUGAACCGGUCCAAUACAGCACCUUCCAACCCGGAUGCUCGGCGCGCUUCCAUCGACCCUCUCCUACCUAGUCUCAGUGCCAACGUGCGAGGCGGUAUACAGAAGGCCAAGCGGGUGGAGAACCGCGAAGUAGAUCUGAUCGCCGUGGCGCGACAGCACGAGACCAAAUUGAAGAAGGUGCAACUGCUCAUGGACCAGAAGAAGGAGCUCGACGCAGCCAUCCACACGCUUCGCAAGCCCAAUCGCCAGCUCGUGGCCAAGGAUAUCGCCAAGGACGCCGACGAGCGACGAACCGCCAGUGGUCGAAAGCCCAAGAACCCGGUCCGCAAUCCCUUAGGACAGGGUGUGCAGGUUGCAGCGACGCCCAAGGGAAGCCGCAAGAAAGACGCAGUGAUCGGCAUGCCACCUCUGCCACGCAGCCUCACGCGAUCAUCUACCCAACCGAAGGGCUCUUCUGCAGCCCUAUUCGGUGGCGACGGAUCACCUCGACGCAUGUCCAGUAGCAGCGCCCUACGGCCCAAUUCUUUUUCGGGUACCCCCAUGUCCAAGAACCCAGGGAUCGUCCAAGAAACACCGUCCCGUCGUCCGGCGGUUCAGCCACUUGGCUCCUACGACGACGCCGUCACAAGCAUCGGCGAAUCUCCUAGUAUCUCCAAAACCCUGUUCCGUGUUCCUCCACGGCCUGCUACUGCUGUUCCUCGUUCUCAGACCACAGACAUGCUAGCCCCCUCCACGCCAGUAUCCUCCCGCCACGUGGACGCAUACCGUGAUCAUCACCCCACGAGCGCGAGCAUGCCAACCGAACCCCCCAAAUCAUCCAUGGUCAUGGAGACACCACCAAGACAGGGUCCCUCGGGACCCAGCAUACAGGAAACGCCGCCAGCUGCAAAGAUCUUCAGCACGCCGGUGAAGGGUUCAGGUUCUUCGUCGAAACUGAGAGCCCCGACUACGACAGGGCCGCCUGUCACGCCGCAGAAAUCGAUUUACGAGCAACUGGGAUGGGAUGAUGAGAUGGAUUUGUAG